AUGGAAUUCUCUACUCAAGUUCCACCAUUUUCUACUCAAGUCCCGCCAUUUUCUACUCAAGUUGGUACUGAAAAAGAAGAAAGGGUUGUCGUUAAAAAAAGAUCUCGAGAGCAAUUUACAAGGGAAGAGGAUAUACUACUUAUCCAGUCAUGGCUCAAUGUUUCAAAGGAUCCAAUUGUGGGAGUUGAUCAAAAGGCUGAGAGUUUUUGGUUAAGAAUUGUUGCUAGUUAUAACCAAUAUCGAAAGAAAAGUGGGACAUCCGAGACCGAUGUCAUGGCAGAUGCACAUGCUAUUUUUGCUCAGGAUCAAGGUACAACAUUCAAUCUUGAGUAUGCAUGGCGAUUGUUAAAAGAUAAAGUUAAAUGGCGCAUCGUCGAAGAAUCGAUUGGAAGUUCUGCAAAAAUAACAAAGACUUAUGCUAGUGGGGCAUCAUCGGAGAACCCAGAUACAACUUCAAGUUAUGAGUUUAACUCAUCAUCACCAAUGGAGCGUCCAAUGGGACAAAAGCAACAAAAAGGAAGGGUAAGGCAUCAGAAAUUCCAAAUGCAACGCAAGAUGCAAAGAAUAAAAGAGCAAUAA